CCAAGACUGAGUGGUCAGCGUUGCCGGCUACGUCUGCACGACUGUGUGCGCCUCAGCGCCAACACGAUCCCACGCCAGCACGCCCUCAGAGGAGCCAGGCAGCGACACAAUGAAACGUAUACCAUGCUCGUAGAGGUCAAUCGUCCGUAUCUUUGUUGAGCACAUGAUCAUGUCACGAUGGGCAGCAACAGAGGUCACAUGCGACAGCACUGGCGAGUGCUGGGUUGCAAGUACCCCACUACUCCCGCCGGUCCGACUUUGCGGAGCCGGGUGUCAAAUCAUCCGCGUGCCAAGCCAAGCCUCACCACAAGGCGGAGGGCUGCUUCCGCACUUGGCCCGCCGCCGGAAGCCAACCGCCGCAAAGCGUAUCGGCGGAAGGCUCCUCGCAGCUCCACCAUGACUCUUAAGGCUCUUUUUCCCCUGCCUGGUCUUCCGUCCUCUUCUUCGUCACAAUACCAAGGACUGUCGACGAGCAGCCUGCUCUGAUGACUCAUGUGAUGCAAAACGAGGAGGCAUCCCCUGCCUCGCCCGAUGCGCACGCUGGGAGCGGGUCCAGCGGGAAAGACUUUGGCGCAGCACAGGGGCCGAAACGUGAUCGAGAACAGAGCGGACAACCUGACCCAGCAAGCGCAAAGGAGCAGCCCAAGAAGAGCGUGAUACCAGACUGGGUCACCACAAACAUCAAGCGAUCAAGGAGCUUGAAGGAUUUGGCAAGGUGUUGGCUCGCAAGUUGGGUAUGCAUACUCUUGCUGUUGCCGGAAAGAUCUUUGCAGACAUUGGGCCAAGCUGCCUUCUUUGUCUGCAUGGUGACAGUCUUCCUGCCCGCCAAUCUGCCAUUCUUCCUCUGGAUCUUCGCCAAUGGUACAAUGGUGCUUGGCGCCUGCCUCGGCUGGGCAUGGGGCUGUGCUGCUAUGGCAACUGCCUUGCGCGCCCGUAGUGCGACUCUGCUACAAAGUCAAGUGCAGACGGUCUCCGCAGGGGUGGCCGGAGCGACCAAUCCAGAAGCAGCCUACCAAGCCGCCAUCUUCCAGGCCCAAUUCUUGGACGGCAGAAGCUCGGCCGUCUACGGGGUAUUCCUCGUGAUAGGAUCUUAUGCCGCCGCUGUGGUUUUCACACAAAGUCCUAAGCUGAGGUUCACCGCCAUCUUCAUGACUAUUGUCUUGGAUGUGAUGUGUACCUACGGACCCCUCUUCCCCGUUGCUCAAUAUACCCUUGGAACCACGUUCCUCCUUCCUAUCGGCGCUUCCCUCGGAGUGUCCUUCUGCUGCAUGAUACUGGUCUUUCCCGAGACCCUUAGUCAUUCUUGGCAGAACAACCUCAUUAAGCUCCUCGGAGUCAGCAAAGGUUAUCUCAAGAUACAGACAGACUUUCUAUCAGAGCUAUCUCAGUCCACAGACAUGGACUCAACAAUCUCAACAUCCGGGGCGAAAAUGAUGGCUUCCAGGAUGGGCCAGCUUGCGCUCCUUGAUGCACUAGAUGGACCCAAGAAGUUUCUUCCAAUGGAGAUGACUUACGCCCCUCUGUCUGGGCAGGAUCUGGCACGCCUGCUACAACCUUGUCGCCUUCUUGUGCUGCGACUGAUUGGCAUGGGCGCAUUCAGAAUUGCGCUGCAGACUACGUCUAGCCAAUCCCAGCAGGGGGAAAGCGAGGAUGAGACCUCAGCAGACGACCUGACAAAGCCUGUACACGUGCACGACACGCAUGCCAUGCUUCACUUCCGUGAGAAGGUCGUCGAUGCCGAGAAGAGGAACCACGUUGUCUUCAAGGAGGACUUGCUCCCUAUUCUCGUUGAUGGCAGCAACGACAUGAUGUCGAAGAGCUCUGCUGCUCUUGGUACAAUCAUCGCUUGGCUGGAGUAUACAAACACGAACAGGUGGAGAGGCCAAAGUGCCCAGCUGCAUAAUGAUCACGUUAGUAACCUUCAGACAGCCAUCGAUGAUCUCGAGCAAGCUCUACAUAUUUUUACGGUGGAGGAGCGACUCAGGCUGAUAGCGCCCUACGAGCAGCAUUUUGACUCACUAAAUCCAUCUGAGGAGUCACUGUUGACCGAGGAAGGCGGCAAGUCAUUCCGCCUCGGUGCCAGGGGACUGUUUCUCUCCUUGCUGUGGUGCACUAAUGCUAUUAGUUCCGCUAAGCAGGUGAUAGUGCUAGCAAGAACUUGCCACACUUUGGCCCUCAAAAGGUCCAAGAGCCGCCUGUGGAUGCCCUCCGCGCUGUCGAAGCUCGGCCACGCGCUAGUGUCGAAGAGAGAAGGCGACGCUGGGCAAGACUGGCCUACGGACGUCAGAAAUCUUCGGAAUCCCAACGUACACCAUCAAGAUGACGAUGACGCAGACGCAAAUGACCACCUGCAUGACGAGAGCGGACCGACGACGCGCGUAGGCUCAAUGGAUGUGGAAAGAGACGGAGCGGUCGACGAGACUGUGGAGAAAGAGAAGGCAGAAGCUCAGGCAGCCCAAUUUGCAAUCAAGAAGGAGAAACAAAGGCUUCGGAGACUGGCUCUACGCGAUCCCGACUCGCUGCCGCCUACCAAAUGGUAUCAUCAUGUGGGGCGUUUUAUCGCCGCCUGCCAUACGUUCUUCUGGUCGCCAAGGGGCGUUUUCGCGCUUCGAUUCGUGAUCGCGGGUGUCAUUGCCUGGAUCCCAUCAGUGGCCACUCAACAGAGUUCAGCCUUCAGCUACUCACAAAGAGGCUUGUGGGCCAUCAUCAUGGCGCAAUUGUCGAUAUCCCUUACACAUGGCGAGCUGGUGUUCUCCAUCGUAUCUCGAAUUGUGGGUACCGUACUAGGCGCCCUCCUCGGGGCAGCCCUCUGGUAUAUAUCUUGUGGCAACUCGCCAAAGGGUAAUCCCUACGGAUUCGGAGCUGCAACCGCUGUCGCUUUCGUACCGCUGGUCUUUUUCCGACUCUUCGCACCCAUGCAGCUACUGGUUUUCGGCCUCAUGACUUUCGUCACUCUCAUCUUAACCAUCGGGUACUCCUGGAUCGACUCGCAUUUGACAGUCAGUGUCUCAUCAGGGAUUGGUAUCGAGGUAGCAUGGCGCCGUAUGCUGCUAGUACUUGUCGGGAUUGCUGUCGGUGUCAUUAUCAUGGUCAUUCCCCAACCCACCUCAACCCGAAUAGCAGUACGACAAUCUCUAGCCAAGCUCUCGCAACGCAACCUCAGCCUCUACAGUAGCCUCGUCGAGAUUUGGGCUAUACAGAGCGCUUCCUUCGAAGGCGAGAAAGCGGAAGAAGGAGCGAAGCCUAGACGAAGCGAACGGCAGGAGACAGCGUUGAUCAGUGUUUAUCGCUCGCAGCUCUUGGCUGCUUUCGAAGCACACAAAGCCAUCGGUGCCCGGAUUCCUCUGGCGCGUCUCGAUAUGCAGCUACGAGGUCGAUGGCCCGGAACUCGCUAUGAGCAGCUUCUCAAGGCGGAAGGUAACAUGAUCUCCGCACUCGCUCAACUCUAUGCAGUAGUCUCGGACAAGGACUACAGCGCGACCUGGCAGCGACGCUUUGCCCAUGCCACGGCCUUACUGGAUCCAUCUACGAUUUCUGAUGUGAGCCUGCUCCUGUCCUUGCUAGCACAAGCCCUUCAAACAGGCUCCCAUCUGCCACAUGCAACCUUCCUCGUUCGCGAGAGGGCGCUGCGUCAUCAGAGCCAGGCGAUUCGAGUGGAGGAGCAGUUGCGGCGCAUGGGGUCUCAUCAUGCAACACCGCGCUUGAGUCUAGAGAUCUUGAAAGCUGAAGCCUUUAUGAAGCAUGUUCAGGGUGCGGUGGCUCUGCAGGUCUUUCUGGCUAGCCUGGACGAGGCGGCUGCCGUUGUGCGGACUUUAGUAGGCGAGGUGCCCCUGAACGGGUACGAUACGCUCAAGGAUCGGUGGGAUGACCGAGCUUUGCUGCUCCAAGCUUGACCUUUCGCUUUUGUAUUUAUUGUCACUUUCCUGUACAUUCCUCUUGAAUCCACUGUACCUGCCUCGCUAAUAGAAGAGCCGAUUGGUCCCAAG